UUGGAAUCAUGCUUUGAUUAAUAGCCGCCUCAAACCCCCCAAAAAUGUCUGAAGUGAUCACCAUUCAGUGUGGACACUAUUCCAACUUCAUUGGCACACACCUGUGGAACCUGCAGGAGUCCUCUUUUGAGUACGAUCUUGCAUCACAAGAACCUCGUGAGAUUAUUACAGAUGUCACCUUCAGAGAGGGUCGUACACUAAGAGGAGAGCACACAUACACUCCUCGUCUGAUUGCACUGGACCUCCCAGGGAGUCUGAGCACUCUGAGGGAGGAGGGGAUGCUCUAUCAGCCGGCAGCUGGUAGUCAAGGCAACAGCCAGUGGUCAGGGGGUGUGGUCAAGGAGGUGAGGGAGGGUGCUGUGAAGAAUGAGUUCCUCUCUCACUUGGAGGAGGUGGAGGCUGGACAAAGAGCCAUCAAGGAAGUGGACGACGGACAGUACGACUUGAGCUCCAAUGUGGAGGUGUGGUCAGAUUUCCUGAGACUCCACCUACAUCCCAACUCCCUCCUCAUGGUGCCAGGACACUCUCACCCGGAAUCUGAGGGUGGGUUUGACACCUACCCAGCUGGUCUCAAUGUCUGGGAGGACAAAACAUUCCGUGAUUCAUUUGAGGACAAGCUUCACUUCUUCUCCGAGGAGUGUGAUCACUUGCAGGGCUUCCAACUCCUGGUGGACUGGGACGGAGGAUUUGGGGGUGUGGCUAGUGGCAUCGCCAUGGAGAUAGCGGAUGAGUACUCUAGUAAGGGUCUCUUUACUCUCCUAGCGUCUCCACUCACACAGCCACUGGACAAACUGCCCAAGUUUCGUCCAUUGCUACUCAAUCACUGUCUAAGUCUGAGUGCCCUGUGUGAGCACUCCUCUCUGGUGUGCCCCCUCUCACAGCUGGAGAACAGCUUGAGGACCCCCCAAAGCAGUGGGACCCUCUGUAGACGAAUGCCUCAGCUAAGAUAUGAGCCGUCACUAGCUUACCACAGCUCCUGUCUGUUUGGCACUGGUCUGGACACACUCUCCCUCCUCUAUCGUACAGAGCAAAGCCCCACCUCCCUAUCAUCGCUAUCCGCUGCACUAGCACAACGUGGCAGAAAAGUGUGUUCUAUGUCCCUCUCUCUCCCACUCUCCCUGCCGUCCGGGACAGCUGUCCUUACAGAGCUAGACCACACCCCUUUACAUGCUAGGCUCCACCCACUCACACCAUUCUGUAAUCAAGUCGACAACAGAGUUUGGUCGCAAGCAAUUGCUCUGAGGGGAAUACCCUCAAACUACCAAUUGUGUCCGAAAGAGGACCCUCGUUACCUUGACACCCAUCGCCAUGCCUCCCACACUCUGGCACACCACCUCUCACAGUACCUCCCCUCUGACGUGAGCACACAGCUAUGCAUUGUGGGGAGACCCCUGCUAAUCAAACCACCGUAUCCACGUAUACUAUCUGAAGAGUACCACAAGAAUCAACAAGCUCCGGUAUGUGCAUCUCUCCAAUCUGACCCGAACCUCCAUCAGUUGCUCUCCACUUUAACCUCUGAACUCUGCUCCACCAAUGUAACACGCUACUCCGCCUACUCUACCACCUGUCUGGACGAGGACAGUCGCCUUGAGUUGACCUCUGACCUCUCCACCCUGACGGACUGUUACAGAACUAGAAUGAACCCUGAUAGUGGAUCUACUGAUUCUGACUAGCUGUAUAAUUGUUACACAUUGUCUUGUUUUCCAAACAAUCUUUGUAAAAAUUAAUUGCAAUCAAAAUAUUUUAUUGCCUACAAGGAUUUGUCAACAUCAAUGAAA